AUAUUAAUAUCUGACCGACUUAAAUAUGCAUCGAAAGAGGCGUCUGGUAUCGGUGCGUCCCAAGCUGUGUCGUCAAACAUUUAGUAAUUUAGUGGAAGAGCUCACCGCUGGUCGCCAGGGAAACGCGUACGAUUGGGGAAAGGGAGACACAAUCUAAAGUCAAGUAUCCAGAAUGUCUUCAUGCACGCCAAUCAUCAAAUGGAGUACAGCCAGGGGAGAAUUCUACUGGUGUUCUACAUGUGACACAGCAUACAGGGAUAGGGAGGGCAUUGUAGAACACACCAUGACCCACACCAAAGUGGUAGAGCCCCACACAUGCUUCGAGUGUCUCAAGAAUUUCUCUAACAGAAAGGACUUUCUGGCACACAUGCCUAGGUGUAGUAUUACAGUGACUUCAUCCAUGCUCGAUCUCAACGGUUCUGGAUCUCAAGGGUUCUACUGAAUUUAUUCGGUGUAAAAUAGAAUUAAAAGUG